AUGGUAUCCACAGACGACUCCCUCUCUCUCCUACCAUCAUCUCCAACUCCUCUCCUCCCAAUCCCUGACCACAACCACACACAGAGCCAAUACAUAUCCCGCCUUCGUGGCUGGCUCACAUACGCCUUCGCAUCCGAAGCGUUUGCAGUCUGUUCCCUCGGGCUAUUCCUCCCCGUGCUCCUGGAGCAGUUCGCGAGGGAGAAUGGGGUGUUGUUGCCUGAGAGGAGUUUGCCUUGUGUACCAGGAACGGGGGAGGUGCAGGCAGAGGGAGGGAGAUGUGUAGUGCGUAUUGGCUGGGCGUGGGUAGACACUGCUAGCUUCAGCCUCUACGUCUACUCUACAAGUGUUGCCAUUCAAGCGCUUACAGUCAUCUCCCUCGGCGGUAUAGCAGACCACGGCAAACGCAAGCCCCUCCUCCUCUCAUUCGCCCUCCUCGGCUCAUGCAGCACGACCCUCUUCCUCUUCCUCCCCUCCCAUUCCCCGCUCUGGCCCAUCUGUGCUUUACUGGCAAUAACGGCGAACGUAGCGUUCGGAGCGUCGAUCGUUGCUCUGAACGCUUACCUGCCCGGGUUGGCGAGGGAUGCUCCGGAGGUGAGGGCGGGGCGGUUGGCUGUGGACGAGGCCUUCCGGCACUUGAGGGAGGACGACACUGAUUUGGACGACUCUGCCUUCAACCCCGAAGCCGCCCAAGCCGCUCUCAAAGACUGGCACACCCUCAUCAGCCGCACCACAGCCCGUAUCUCCGCGCGAGGGAUAGCCCUAGGAUACUUCGCCGGCAUCCUCGCCCUCCUCCUCUUGCUCAUCCCUGUUACUCUCCUAAAAGGAAGUACAUUCUCCCUCCGCUUAUGUGUGGGCUUGUCGGGCAUUUGGUGGGGGGUAUUCACUCUCCCUGCUGCUGCUUGGCUGCCUUCCGAUUCCACCACCACCAACACCAACAUCACGCCUAACAAACCCCAACCAAGAUCCACCAUACGCGAAAUCGCCUCCGCCUGGGCAGAACUCGGUCGCAUGCUCCUCCCCUCCCAUAUCCUCCAACUCAAGCACACAUUCCUCUUCCUAGCCGCUUGGUUCCUCCUCAGCGAUACGUUUACCACCAUCUCCUCCACCGCUAUCCUAUUCAGCAAGACCUCCUUGCACCUCCCACCUACCUCUCUUAUGCUUAUCGCUAUCCUCGCCCCUUGCUCAGGCGUAAUCGGCGCACUGACCUGCACCGCACUCCAGCAACGCUACGCCUGGUCGAACAAACGCGUCCUCCUUACCCUCGUGCUCCUCCUCACCGUCGUACCCGCGUACGGCUGCCUAGGGUUCUUCCUCCCCUCCUUGGGGCUCAAGCACAGCUGGGAGAUGUACAUCCUAGCACUCUACUACGGGUUCAUAAACGGUUCCUUCCAGUCCUACGCCCGGGCCUUGUUCUCAGAACUCAUACCCAGAGGGGAGGAAGCACGUUUUUUCGGGCUGUACAGUAUAACCGAUAAGAGCUCGUCCUUCCUCGGCCCUCUUGUGGUGGGGGUCAUCGCUGAUAAGGGGGAGAUUAGGAACGCGUUUUGGUUCUUGUUGGGUAUGGUGCUCGUUGCGUGGCCGGUGUUGGCAGGGGUGGAUCCGGAGAGGGGGAGGGAGGAGGCGGCGGGGUAUCGUAGGCUAGACGGGGAGGAGGAGGAGGAGGGGGACGUAGAGGAGGAGUAG